AGGCUCAGUGGUGGCGCGUGACUUAGAACUUCCGGUCCGCUGAGGCGAUCUCCACGCUUUGAAAAAGAAAAGAAGCGGAAGGAGACGCUGUGUUAACGGACGUCCUGUGGCCGUUAACGUUGACACAUCAAAAUUAGUGUUUAGUUGAGGUUUCUUGGAGUGGCUAUUGUCUUGUCGCCGGAUUUUUAAAAGGAAAACUUAUUGCAUCGAAAAGAAGUCAUGUCUAGUUCAGAAACUGAUGGAUUUGUUGUCCGGGUCCGUGGAUUACCCUGGUCAUCUGCUGCUGAGGAAGUGUUGCGCUUUUUUUCUGAUUGCAAAAUCUUAAAUGGGAUUUCUGGAAUUCAUUUUACGUAUACCAGGGAAGGUCGGCCAAGUGGGGAAGCAUUCAUACAACUGGAAACUGAAGAUGAUGUCAAAAUUGCAAUGAAAAAAGACAAAGAAAGUAUGGGGCAUAGAUAUGUAGAAGUAUUUAAAUCUAACAACAUUGAAAUGGACUGGGUUUUGAAGCACACUGGCCCCAAUAGCCCUGAUUCUUCAAAUGAUGGCUGUGUUCGUCUUAGGGGACUGCCAUUUGGCUGUAGCAAGGAGGAAAUAGUACAGUUUUUUACAGGGUUGGAAAUCGUGCCAAAUGGGAUAACAUUGCCGAUGGACUACCAGGGGAGGAGCACGGGGGAGGCCUUCGUGCAGUUUGCCACACAGGAAAUAGCUGAAAAGGCUCUAAAGAAACACAAGGAAAGAAUAGGGCACAGGUACAUUGAAAUUUUCAAGAGCAGCCGGGCUGAGGUGCGUACCCACUAUGAUCCUCCCCGGAAGUUGAUGUCUGGUUUAAGACCAGGUCCUUAUGAUAGACCGAUGACUGGAAGAACUUAUGGUAUUCCUAGAGGAUCUUAUGAGAAGAUGAGACGUGGAGUGUAUGGGGGCGGUUAUGGAAGUUAUGAUGACUAUAAUGGGUACAAUGAUGGUUAUGGCUAUGGGUCAGAUCAUGGAUAUGGACGAGAUCGGGGAAUAUCUGCACAAGCAUACGCAAACAGUGAAUCUACCUUCCAGAGCACAACAGGGCAUUGUGUACAUAUGAGGGGACUGCCAUUUCGGGCUACAGAGAAUGACAUAUAUAAUUUUUUCUCACCCCUCAACCCAGUCCGUGUCCACAUAGAGAUUGGAUCUGAUGGUAGAGUGACAGGAGAAGCUGAUGUAGAGUUUGCUACUCAUGAGGAUGCCGUGGCAGCUAUGUCAAAAGACAAAGCUCACAUGCAACAUAGAUAUGUGGAACUUUUCCUGAACUCUACCUCUGGAGGCACUGCUAGCGCCUAUGCGACUCAGAUGUCAGCAAUAGGAAGCCAAUCAAGCUAUGCAAGUCCAAGCUAUGCUAGUCCAAACGGUCAGCAACUAAGCACUGCAUAUGGAGUUUAUGGAAGUCAAGCAAGCUUGAGUGCAUAUGGCAGCCAAGCCGGAAUGAAUGGAAGUUACUAUGGAACUGGAAGUAGAGGAUCCCUGGGGAUGAAUGGCAUGGGUGGAAUGUCAAACAUGAGUGGAGGAUGGGGAAUGUAAUUUUUUUUCACCUAUUUAACAGAUACCAAUUACCAGCUUAAACUUGGUUAUGCUUAUGAAAUGUGAAUUCAGUAUACGCAUUCCUUUUCAUUAUGACUAGAAUUCAGCAUAAGCCUUUUCCUAGGUUGAGGAAAAUUCUAGGGUGGCACCAGUGUGUUCAUCACAUGAUUUUAGUUUGAGACCUAAGUUUCAUUAUGUAAGGUAUUUUGGCACUAGUUAUUGAAAUUUUCAUGCCUCUGACUUGUUACGCAUGUGCAGUGUACUGCUUCUGCAGGCUUGAUUUAAUGCAAGAGCAUUGUCAAGCACACAAAGAAGGUUGGUGCAAGCAACAUCAAGAAGACACAAUCUGGAUGGCUUAACUGAUUGUAAUAAAUCUUGUACCCACUUAAAUUCCCAGAAUGUUGAGAUUGAAACCCUAAAUUGUUAACUAAUUGGCAGUGUAUUCUGGUUUAUUGUAUAAAAAUUGUAAAGUGUGGUAGUGCAUUCAUAUUCAACAAAAUUCUUUGAAACUUAAAAUGACACAACUAUAAACACUGGUGAGUGUAAACUGAACAAUUAUGUGCUUAUAUUUGUUGCUUGACUUCAUUUUUUUUAUAUUUGUCUAAAAACAAGUCUCUGGUUUAAUUUUUUUAGGAAGUGAAAAUGAUGAGAAGCAUCUUUGGAUGCUCUAUGGCAAAAUAAAAAUUUUAAUGUAGAAUUUUUCUUUAGACCGUUAUUGUAGGGUUUAAUCUUGGUCUUCAAUAUCUGAGACCUGACAAGUCACUUUUGUUCAUAUUUGUAAGGUGCAAAGUGAAAAUAAACUCACUCAAUAAAACUUUGCCAUUUUUAA